AUUAUUCUAUUCUACGAGAGAAUUGCCUUCCGCCGAGAAGCUCAAGGAAGAAAGUCUCGGGCGAGAAGACGACAGUUCGGUGUUUGCUUCUCAAGCACUCUCUCUCUCUCUCUCAACUUUUUUUUUUUCUUCCAUUCUCUCUCUUCAACAGCUACAAGACGACGGAACCCAAAAGCCAAAGCUCUGAGAAAAAUUCCUGAUUCACUCUCUGCACGCGCCUUCAGGUGGCUACGUUUCCCCUCUUUGCUGGCGUUAGAUUCUACUCCCAUCUGUCCAAAUUCAGAUUUUCCAUCUCUCGUUUUGCUAUUUCCGAUUCGAUCCGAUGAAAAAAAAUCCGUCGCUGAUUGCUGUGGAAUUCGAGUGUGAGGAGAAUUUUGAAGUAUGAUGCUGAAUCGAAGUCCGCCUAAGCAUAGACAUGAUGGAACCUCGCCGUUGCCGCUUGGAAUGGACUGGAGCCCUCCUCCUCGAAAAUGGAAUGGGAAAGACACAGUUUGGCCUCAUGACCAUCACACAGGAUGGAGUUACUGUGUUAUAAUACCUUCAUGGGUUGCCCUUCCUAAAACACGAGCUGCAGAUCCCAUAGUGUUCUACAGGGUUCAGGUUGCUGUACAGUCACCUGAAGGGAUCACAGCAAUGCGGGGAGUAUUACGGCGAUUUAAUGAUUUCAUGAAUUUAUUUUCAGAUGUUAAAAAGUCUUUUCCAAAGAAAAUUAUUCCUCCAGCUCCUCCCAAAGGAAUCUUACGGAUGAAGACCAGGGCACUUUUAGAAGAGAGAAGGCGCUCUUUAGAGGAGUGGUUGACAAAGCUCCUGUCUGACAUUGAUAUAUCAAGAAGUGUUGCAGUAGCGUCCUUCCUUGAGCUAGAAGCUGCUGCUAGGUCUUCUUUCCAAAAUGAUAAUCAGGGGCCAUCAGGUGAAUACCCUGAUUAUAGCAGCAAGAUUUCAGCACAUCAGUCCCCUCCUAAUUCGAGCUCAUCUACGCUCAUUGGUGGUCUGUCACUUGCAUCAGAUUAUGGUAGUGAUACUGCUUACGAGGCCUCUGAACUUGGUACAGCAAGUCUGGGAAGAGAUGAUAAUUCGGAAAUUGCCAUCGAUGAUUUAGCUCUGGACGACGAUCUUUCAAGUCCAAUUGAAAAACUUGUGAAGUAUGGAUUGUCCAAUAUUGAUGAGGGACUGUUUAUGGGACAGACCAUUCUAGAGCAGUUGGAAGGCCUUCCAAAACAUAAAGCUCAUCCUAGAUAUAAUAACAAUUUAAAGGAUGGUCAUAAUGGUAAUACUUCCAAAGCAUCGUACUUGGAUAAAAAUGGACUUGUACCAUCUCUAGAGCCCGUGCAUGGUAAGGUAAUUGGCCAUGCUCGCAAGCUGUCUGAUGAGAGUGUAGCAAGUGAUGCAAGUUCUUUGAGAGGUGGAGAAUUUUCAAGCGUGUCACUUCGAAAUUCAGUAGGCAAUGGCUCACUUGACCAUUCGGGAGCUGAGGUUUCAAAUGCAAUUGAAUUUCAUAGCAACCCCGAAUUGCAUUUUUCACAUGAUGCACUCCUCUUCCCAAAGGAUCAUCGGCAUAAAAUGAAUAGGGUUCUUUCAACAAUGCAUCAAAGGCUAGUGACAGCAAAAACAGACAUGGAGGACCUUAUCUCAAGAUUGAAUCAGGAAAUAACUGUGAAAGAUUACCUUACAACAAUGGUUAAGGAUUUGGAAGUAGAACUUGAAACAAACAAGCAGAAAAGUAAAGAAAACCUUCAACAAGCUAUUUUGAUGGAGAGGGAAAAAGUUACCCAAAUGCAGUGGGAAAUGGAGGAACUUCGUCACAAAUCAUUGGAAAUGGAGUUAAAAUUGAAGUAUAAAGAAAAAAAGGGUGAAAAUUCAUUUUCAGUGCCUACAGAAGAAUUUACCCUCCAGGAGAAAGUUGCCUUGCAAGAAGAGCUUGAAUCCACGAAAGAACAACUAAAGAAUGUUUCUAAGCAAUUUGAAGAGCUUGAAGGAAAAUCAAAAGCGGACAUCAGGGUGCUUGUUAAAGAGGUCAAAUCUCUUCGAAGUACCCAAGCCAAACUUAAACAGGAGCUUAGUCAAACACUUGAACAGAAGUCUGAGACUGAGGAACUUCUUCAACAGGAAAGAGAAAUGAGACAGCAUGCAAACAAGGCUUGGAGCAAGCUGCUGUCUGAAUGCAAGAGCCUACAUGGUCGGCUUAAAAAAUGCAGCAUGAAUUUUUCACCGGAUGACGAUUAUAACCAUGAUGUGGAAUCAUCAUCCUUAUCUAAUGCCUUGGAUUUGCUGACGACAUCUGAUGAUCAACUAAAUCUUCUCCUGGCUGAGGUAAAUCUUCUGGCCAAUGGCAUACAAACUGCUACUUCAAUGGCAGAUGGUGACGACAACGAUUCAAUUAAAGUAGAUACAGAGUUGAGGAUGAUACUUAAAGACAUAUUCACGGAAAACACUAGGUUGAGGAAACAGGUCAAUUCGUAUUUCCAGCACAAUAUGAGAUUGAGGAUGUCAAAGGAAGGUGAUGAUGCAGAGGCUUCUUCUUCUUCUUCUUCUUCACAAAACACUAAAGUAAAUAUCACAACAGUGACAUAAUUUCCCUGUUUAUCAGUAUAUUAUUUCCCUCUUUCUUCUUGUUUUUUGCCCUCUCACCCCUUUAAAUAUAAGAAAAGCACUUUGUUGAUUCAGAA